AUGGAGAACACCACGACGCUAACGUUCACCAUGACGGCCUACGCAACCCUGGAGAACCACAAGCACCUUUUCUUUAUUCUUUUCUUCUCGCUUUAUGUCGCUGCGAUAUUCCUGAAUAUACUCUUGGUCACCGUCAUCCACCAAAACAAACAGCUGCACCAGCCCAUGAAUGUGUUUGCAUGCAUGCUGUGCUUCAAUGAGAUCUACGGGUGCAGCGUGUUAUUGCUUCCGGUUAUGGGAGUACUCCUGUCCAAGACACACGAGAUCAGUGUCAAGUCGUGCAUUGCUCAAGUCUACUUCCUGCACACAUACGCGGCUUCGGAGUUUUGCAUUCUAGCGCUUAUGGCUUACGACCGCUUUGUUGCCAUCUGUUCCCCGCUGCACUAUCACGCCAUCAUGACCCCUUCCAAAGCCGGCAAACUGAUUGCAUUUGUGGGUAUCUAUCCAUUCAUUGUAUUUGGAUGCUUUUUCAGUCUCACUCUGCAGCUGAGUUUUUGUGGGCAAGUUAUCGCAAAGCUGUAUUGUGUGAACAUGGAAUUGGUCAAAAACGCGUGUUCGAAUGCAUCCCACAUAAGUAUUAUUGGGCUCGUGCUUAUUGGGUUCUUGGUCUUCCCGCAGCUCUUCCUGAUUGUUUUCUCCUAUGCACAGAUAUUGCGAGUUUGUAGAAAAAUAUCGAAAGAGUCUCAGGUUAUUGCUCUUAAAACUUGCUUGCCGCAUUUAUGUUCUUUUUUGAAUUAUAGCAUUGGUUCCUUAUUUGAAGUUAUCCAGAACAGAUUCGAUAUGAGUUAUGUGGCGAUUGAGGCGCGCAUCUUCUUGUCAAUAUAUUUUGCUGUAAUUCCACCGGUCACCAACCCAAUGCUUUAUGGACUUGGGACAUCUCUUGUUCGAGUCCAUAUUAUAAAGCUGUGUAGCUGUGUAUUAAGUACAAGGUCCUUCCACCCAAGAUAGCACAGAAGGUAAUUACAACUGAC